UGUUCUUGGUUCCCCGAGAUUGCGACGCUCGCACGGCACAGCCCCUUCACUGCUUGUUACCGAGCGCCCAUAGGUCGACAAUACGUGCGCUUACGUCUCUGUAGUCCAAAGCCCCCAAACAAACGCCUACAUCACGUGUCGAUAAGUGGAAUCCUCCCGUCACUUAAACUAAGAGAAAAAUGGUGAGGAUCAACCACACCCAGCGAUUCCCGUUGGGGACACGAGUGUCAAAGUACUUUAACGGGUUUGCGGAGCCCUUUCAGGGCAUAGUGGACAAGCACUCGGACGUGACCGACUUUUACCAUAUUUCUUACGAAGAUGGAGACAGUGAAGAGAUGACGGAGGAUGACGUCGCGACUCACUUCGUCGAAUCACCGGGCUCAAAACGAUCACCCAAAGUAUCCAAGCCACGCAAGACCCUCAAGCUGAAGCCUGCAAAGCCAACUACUCCGCCUAUGAAGAGAGCCAAUAGUGACAGCAGCAUUAACGUCCCGAUGCCGACUGCUUCUACAGGGAAAAGUAGGCAAAAACCGAAAGUGCUGAGCCUUAACGCGAAUGCACCAGGACUGAUGCGCAGCAACAGCUUUACAGGGCCCUCCAGCUCCCAUGACGAGGUACAAGAAUCGUUAAGCUUGGCCAUCCCUGUAAAUACUCUAGAAGAAGAAGAAGACGACGAAAAUGAGGAGGUGGGAGAGGAAGAGGAGGAAGAGGAGGAAGAAGAGGAAGAAGAAGAAGAAGAAGAAGAAGAAGAGGAAAUGAUGGCUGACGAAGAAGAGGACGAAGAGGGUACCCCAUUUGAAAUUAACCAGCUCAUUGAAGGGUGCGGGGUCGACGUUGUGCAAGGCGCCGUGGCGAGCUACUUCCCGGCCACAAAAAUGUUUCGCGUGAUGUACUUCGACGGCGAGUGUUGUGACCUUUCCUACCACGAAGUAUUGGUCAAAAGAGAAAGCGACGAGCGGAAGAAACCCCGCGAAAUGGAGAGAAAGUCAGCGCCUCGAGUGCUCCAUCAGCGUCGCCAAAGCGGCUAA